AUGGACUCUGAAUCAAAUGAAGUUGAAUUGAAAAGUGUCGUUUCUGAUACGAAACGCACUAGAUUUCAAGUUAAAUUGGUAGAUUGUGAAACCCCUCAAAGGAUGCGAUUAGACAGUGCUUCAUCAGAUGAUAAUAAAUAUAAAAGUUUUCGGCAACUGACCCGUGAAGCAUUACCAAGAUUAGACAAUUACCGAAAUAUUAUGUCAGUGCAUGUUGCAUGUAGACCUACUUUGGAUGAACUACAUAAUUGUGAUCUGGCUGAAAAAAAUAUGGAAGCUCAAGAAAAUGAACCUAGUAGACCAAUAAAGAAAAAACAUGAACAAGGGUGGAUUAAAGGAGUUCUUAUCCGUAACCUAGUACAAAUAUGGGGUCUCAUGUUAUUUUUAAGAGUAGCAUGGGUUGUUUGUACUACUGGUUUAUUUUCAGGAAUUGUUAUAAUAUUGUUUGGUGGUGCUAUCACAACUAUAACUGCUUUAUCUAUGUCAGCAAUUAGUACAAAUGGUGUAUUGAAAGAAGGUGGUACUUACUUUAUGAUAUCUCGUUCUCUUGGGCCAGAAUUUGGUGCUUGCAUUGGUGUAAUCUAUUCUAUAGCAUUGUCUGCUGCAUGUGCAAUGCAUACAGUAGGAUUUUGUGAAAUGGUUCAGAUUCUUUUGAACUCGUUUAAUUUAUCUAUAUUGGAUGGUGAAGUACAGGAUAUGAGGCUUCUUGGAAUCUGUUUAACUACUGCAUUGCUGUGUGCAACAUUAGGUGGCAUUAGGUCACGAAUUCAGGUACAUGCAGCUGUUCUAGUACUUAUGAUUGCAGCAAUUUUGGAUGUAUUUAUAGGAGCUAUUUGUGGACCAAAAAGUAAAGCUGAAAGAGAUGAAGGUUUCAUUGGUUUUAGCUGGGAUGCAAUUAAUAAUAAUAUAUUCAAGAAUGAAACUUUUGACGAUUGGUGUAAAAGUUUUUGGUAUGGUUUUAGUAUAUUUUUUCCUGCAGUUUCUGGAUUUUUAGCAGGAACAAAUAAAUCAGGCGAAUUAAAAGAUUCAUUAAGAGCAAUACCAAGAGGUUCCUUAACAUCUAUUUUUAUUUCUUCUUCUGUAUACAUUAGUAUAGCAAUUUUGGUUGGUUCAACAUUUAUAGAUCAAGAUCCUCAUUAUAAGUCUAAUUUUGAUGAUCAUAAACAUUAUGCAGUCAAUCGAACUAUUGGACUUAUAGCAUUUUUUAGCCCAUUAGUAUACGCAUGUAUCUUGGCCUCAACAUUAACAGCCUCAUUUUCUUCAUUUUUAGCUGCUCCAAAAGUAUUUCAAAUGUUAUGCAACGAUAGACUUUACAAUAAUCUUUCAUGGUUUGGAUUUAGUAAUAAAUCAGGAGAGCCAAUAAGAGCUGAUAUUUUAACUACAUUAAUUGUUUUGCUGUUUAUACUUCCUGGUGAUUUGAAUGCAAUAUUACCUUCAAUAUCAAAUAUAUUUCUUAGUGUUUAUGCGUUGAUAAAUUUCAGUACAUUUCAUGCAUCAUUAGUUAAACCAAUUGGAUGGCGUCCUACUUUUAAAUUGUAUAAUAUGUGGUUAAGUUUAGGAGGUUCAAUGUUAUGUGUAGUGUUGAUGUUUGUCAUUAGCUGGGGAACAGCUUUGGUGACGUUAGCAGCUAUAUUAGCCUUGUACUUAAUAGUAUCAUAUCAAAAACCAGAUGUCAAUUGGGGUACAAGUACCCAAGCUCAAACUUACAAACAAGCUCUAUUGGCUGUUCACAAUCUUAUAAGGGUGGAAGAUCAUGUUAAAAACUUUAGACCGCAACUACUUGUACUUACUGGAAUGACAUCUGCUAGACCAUCAUUAAUUGAUUUUGCACAUCUCAUUACAAAAAAUUUGUCAUUGCUUGUAUGCGGAAAUAUUAUCAAAGCUCCAUCUUCACAAAAGUUACUUGAAGUUUAUUCAAAACGUGCCAUAAAUUGGUUAUGUUACCACAAAAUCAAAGGAUUUUAUGUACAAAUAGAUGGUACUAAUUUUGACGAUGGUGCAAAGAGUUUAAUGCAAACAGUUGGAUUAGGCAAACUGAAACCAAAUAUUGUUAUGUUAGGAUAUAAGAGCAAUUGGUUCAAAUGUAGUUCUCAAGAUUUAAAUAUGUAUUUCAAUGUGUUACAUAAAGCUUUAGAUAUUCAUAUGGCUGUAUGUAUAUUACGUGUCAAAUCUGGACUAAAUUUUUCUAAUUCAAUUCUUAUUGAUGAAAUGCAGCUUGAUAUGAUGGUAAACCGUAAAGCAUCAUAUCUAUCAGAAGAACCAUUUUUACAUAGUAGAUCACAGUCAAUGUCUACUGUUACUGAUAAAAAUGACAGUGAUGAAGAAAAUGAAUUAUUAAACAAAGAAACAUCUACUUCAUUCACUAAGCAGUCUACUGAUGAUAAAGUUGAUCAACCAAAAUUAAAUAAAAAUCAAAAAGUUAAUAUUGUCAAAGGAACUGAUGGUUAUGAUUUACCCAAAGACACUAUGAAUGAGAUUACCCGGUUUCAACGUAAACAAAAGAAAGGUUCAAUUGAUGUUUGGUGGCUGUAUGAUGAUGGAGGUCUUACAUUACUUUUACCAUAUAUCUUAAGCACAAGAGGUAAUUGGUCGUCUUGUAAAUUGAGAGUAUUUACAAUUGCUAAUAAAAAAGAUCAAUUGGAAUUUGAACAAAGAAGUAUUGCUAGUUUGUUAGCCAAAUUUCGUAUUGAUUAUUCAGAUUUGUUAGUAAUAACAGACCUUAUGAGGAAACCACAUGAAGAAACAUUAGCUUUUUAUGAUGGAUUGAUUAAAAGUUAUAAACCUAAAGGACCAAACAGUGAAAAUGAUGGUAUAAAAGAGUCUGAGUUAACAGCAAUGAAAGAAAAAACAAAUCGUCAUCUUCGGUUAAGAGAACUGCUUUUAGAAAAUUCACAGGAAGCCAACUUAAUUGUAAUGACUUUACCAAUGCCUAGAAAAAAUGUAGUACCAGCUUCUUUGUAUAUGUCCUGGCUAGAGACAUUGACACAAGGUAUGCCUCCAUUUCUUUUAGUGCGGGGCAAUCAAAGCUCUGUACUUACAUUUUAUUCCUAA